CCCCGCCCCCGCCUGACCCGGGGCUGCGUGACCCGCGCGGGGAGACGGAACUUAGCAAUCAUGGUGGCGCUGGGGGUCGCGCUGGGGCUGUUGCUGCCCUUAGUCCUGUGGGCCCACACGCAUGCAGGUGCCGGUUUUCGGUUUGCGUCCUACAUCGGUGAUUACAUGGUGCUACAGAAGGAGCCUGCCGGGGCAGUGAUUUGGGGCUAUGGCAUACCUGAAGCCACAGUGACAGUGACUCUGUGGCGAGAGCACGAAACCGUCAUGAAGAAAGUGACUCAUGUGGAAGCACACUCUAAUAAAUGGAUGGUGGUACUGGACCCUAUGAAGCCCGGUGGACCUUAUGAAGUGACGGCACAGCAGACUUUUGAAAAAAUGAACUUAACUGUGGGAGUUCAUGAUGUCUUAUUCGGAGAUGUCUGGCUUUGCAGUGGGCAAAGCAACAUGCAGAUGACGGUUUCACAGAUAUUUAAUGCUGUAAGCGAGCUGGCCAACACCACGGCCUACACGUCUGUCCGCAUCCUCUCCGUGUCUCUCAAUCAGGCAGAGCAGGAGCUCGAGGAUCUCGCUGAGGUUGACUUGGAGUGGUCUAAGCCCACCGCAGAAAACUUAGGCCAUGGGAGUUUCGAGUACAUGUCGGCCGUGUGCUGGCUCUUCGGGCGCAACCUGUAUGACACGCUGCGGUAUCCCGUUGGGCUGGUCUCCUCUUCGUGGGGCGGCACCCCCAUUGAAGCCUGGUCAUCUGGAAGGUCGCUGAAAGCCUGCGGGGUCUCUAAGGAAGGGUUCACUUCACUGGUUUCUAUAAGUGGCCCCAGUAAACACUCUGUUCUCUGGAAUGCCAUGAUCCAUCCACUACAUAAUAUGACUCUGAAAGGCGUGAUAUGGUACCAGGGGGAGGCCAACAUCGACUUUAACAGGGACCUGUACAACUGCACAUUCCCCGCGCUCAUUGAGGACUGGCGCCAGACCUUCCACCUCGGCUCUCAGGGGCAGACGGAGCGCCUCUUCCCGUUUGGGUUUGUGCAGUUGUCUGCAGUUUUGUCUGAUGAAGACUCAGAUGAUCGAUUUCCCCAGAUCCGUUGGCAUCAAACAGCAGACGUUGGCUAUGUCCCCAACCGAAGGAUGCCCAACACUUUCAUGGCUGUAGCUAUGGACCUCGGUGACAGGACCUCGCCUUUCGGCAGCAUCCACCCUCGAGAUAAGCAGACCGUGGCCUACCGGCUGCACCUGGGGGCCCGAGCUGUGGCUUAUGGGGAGAAGACGCUGACCUUCCAGGGACCACUGCCUGAGAAGAUAGAGCUCUUGGCCGACAAGGGGCUGCUCAGCCUCACGUACUCCCAGCAAAUUGAGGUGCAGAGGCAGGACCACGAGAUAUUUGAGAUCUCGUGUUGUGGUGACCAUCAGUGCAAGUGGCUUCCAGCUCCCAUGAACACUUCCUCCACCCAGACCCUGGCCCUGAGUAUCAGUUCUUGUCCCGGCGCCGUGGCCGCUCUCCGCUAUGCCUGGGCCACUUGGCCUUGCGAAUACAAACGGUGUCCCCUAUACCACCCCAAGAGUUCCCUGCCAGCCCCUCCCUUCAUUGCUUUUAUUGCAAACCAGAUGCCUGGACGUCACAGCAAGGCUGCGAUGAUUUAGUGCAGUAGGAUCAGAUCUUAGACAUAAGUAAAUGACAACAAAAAAAUAGAUUUAAUUUUGAUUCAUUCACACCAAUAGCUAUUAUUGUGUUGGCUGUUGGGUGUUUUCUUGUUUUUGUUUUUUUUUUAAAUUUGACAAUCUAAGGGAAAAGAGGUCAGUGCCAUGACUAAAUAGUCAGGUAUUGCAUGUUUUAAAAAUUAGAUUUGGGCAUUUAGGAGUUUAAAUGAUGACAACUGUUGCUUUUAAAGGAAAUUAACAGAAAAACUUCAUUGGAGAGUUCCCAGCCAGCCUGGGACUGUUUCUGUAUUCUGAGAGGAGCCAGGGCUGGUGAACAAUGAAAUGCCUGCCUUUUGUCCUCUAGUUGGGCUGGCGCCUGUAUUGGACUCAUGCCAACCUACAAGCAAAUUGAACCUCAAUGUCAUUCACUUCUCAUAACUGGGAGUGGAACAUCUAGCUCAGCCGUGGGCAAACUACGGCCCGCGGGCCGGAUGCGGCCCGUUUGAAAUGAAUAAAACUAAAAAAAAAAAAGACCGGACCCUUUUAUGUAAUGAUGUUUACUUUGAAUUUAUAUUAGUUCACACAAACACUCCAUCCAUGCUUUUGUGCCGGCCUCCGGUCCAGUUUAAGAACCCAUUGUGGCCCUCGAGUCAAAAAGUUUGCCCACCCCUGCUCUAGCUGGCCCACAUGGCCUUGAAGUUUCUUCCAACCCUCGUUUCCUCAGUUCUGGGUGUAAGAGGACGUGUUAGAUGUUUCCCUCUGAGCCAAAUACAGUUCUGCUCUUUCAGUUCCAAUGAUGAUAAUGUGGCUGGUGAAAGCUAACAAAGCAGAACCAUGUGUAGGCACUUGGGGAGGUACUGAGGCCAGCCUUACGAAUGAAGAGAAAGGUGAAUGAAGCGUGGUAAAGGAGGUGCUCAGGCUGCCAGUAACAGGUCCUGGGGAUCACCAGCUGAGAAAGAUGUGACAUUGGAGGUCACUGAGGAGCAAGCAGGUUGUUAGAGAUCAUUAUAAAUCUCAGGCCCUGGCCAGCAUUGCUCAAUGAUCAGAGCGUCUGCCCACGAACCCACGGGUCAUGGGUUCGAUUCUGGUCAAGGGCGCACAUACCUGGGUUACAGGUUCCCCGCCCCAACUGGGGCUUGUGCGGGAGGCAGCCAAUUGAUGUGGCUCUCUCACACGGAUGUUUCUCUCCUCUCUCCCUCCCACUCCCUUUCACUCGCUCUAAAAUCAAUGGAAAAAAUAUCCUCCAGUGAGGAGGAACAAAACAAAACAAAAAAAUACAUGUCGGCUCUUUAAAGGUACGAGUUUUAACUAUAAAAACGAUAAUCCAGAUGGAAGAAAAAAGUGAGGCUGGAAGUGAAGCUACUUGAUAAGUAUUUAGAAAAAUAAUCCCAUGGGACAAAUGUGAAAGAGGGCUCUUGUGUGUUCUGUUAAGAAUCAAUGCUGUUUAUUGGUUGAUUAAAACCAGUUCACGGCUCUUGACGAUUGUGUGUUGUCUAUUAGAAGUUAGAAAUGAAAGUGUAAGUCACACAUUGUUUGAAGGGAUGCCGGGUGAGAAAUGCCUCAUCAGGCAGUUUUGUCAUGUGAACAUGAGAGUGUACUUACACAAACCUAGAUGGUGAACCUACUGCUCCUGGGCUCCAAGCCCAUACGGCAUGUCACUGUAGCACUGUAGGCAGUUUUAACACAGUGGUAUUUGUGUAUCUAAACAUACAAGAGGCACAGUGACAAAAUGGUAUAAAGGAUAAUCACGGUACAUCUGUCCAGGGCAUUUACCAUGAAAGGAGCUGGCAGGACCGGGGCUGCUCCGGGCGUCAGUGAAGGAAGGGGUGGGUGAAUGUGAAGGCCCAGGACAUCACGUGCACUACUGCAGACUUUAUGAACACCGCACACCUAGGCUGCUCUAAAUUAACAUAAAAUAUUCUUCUUCAAUAAUAAAUUAACCUUUGCCCUGAUGGGCUUGGCUCAGUGGAUAGAGCAUCGGCCUGUGGACUGAAGGGUCCCAGGUGCAA